AUGGCUCAUGUUUUUAUUUUAGCAGGGUCCUGUCUGCUCCUACUGCUGGUCAUUCCACAUCUGCUCCUGUGCCAAGGCAACAUAUGCCCAUCCUGUGAUCCUGACGUGUUUGGCGUCCCCCUGAAGUUCCUUAGAAAAACGUUUAGCCGUGUCUCCAGGCUGUCCCACGACAUGCAUAACCUUUCCACAAUAAUGUUCAAUGAGUUUAUAAGUACUGUUGAAAAGCAUUCCCAGAGUAAACCAGAUUAUAUCAAUGCCACCUACGACUGCCACACCAAUUCAGUCCAUGCGCCUGAAGAAAGAGAAAAAGUCCAACAGAUGAACAAUGAAGACCUUACUAAGUGGAUACUCAUGUUACAGUAUCUCUGGAGAGAUGCUCUGUAUGAUCGAGCCCAUGAUUCGUGGUUUAAGAAACACCUCUCAGAUACUAUCCUAUCAAGUGCCAGAAAGAAUUUUAAAAAAUUAUUCAAACUUCAAACAAUCUUAGAGAUUCAUUUUCUUUUGGGUAUUCAUAUUGUUGAUCCAGUCAGAUUGAAGUUGACCAAGAAUCGCAUUUACUGGUCAGGAUACAGAUCCCUGGUGUCUAGCAAUGGAGAUAUGCAUCAUUCUGCAUUUUAUAAUCUGUUCAAGUGCCUGAGCAGGGAUUCGUGUAAAGUUGACAUGUACAGCAAGAUCCUGGCGUGCCGAAUCAGCGGCGAGUGCUAA